UUCACACAGAAGUCACAUUCAGGUGACGUAACCCUCAGCCGGUUGGAUUUCCGUUCAGACCUUCAGGAGAUGUAAAACCUUAGCAUGCUGUGUUUCAUUCAUCGACUAAAUAGGCAAAUGCUCCCAAAGGUAACAUUUAACAAUUUCCCACCUGAGUGACACCGGUUUUAUCUAAAGAAUGCUCUACGUUAUCCGUUUUGGGACGCCGAGAAGUCACUUAUUAGCCUCAAAGAAGAAGAAAGUGCAGGUUUAAGCUAACUCGUAAACAUUACUCCGCUAACGCUAAGUUGAAGCGACGCGCAGUUUGACGGGCACGAGCGUAAACAUUUUAAACUAGCGAAAGUGUUUCCAGAAUUGAAACCACAAGCUGUGUUUAGUUUAACGUAAAAAUGCCACUGAGGGUUUGUUGAGCAGCUAAUGUGGGCGGUGUUAGCUUUAGCAAAAAAAGAGCGUAGCUUUGGGAGAGUCAGCUGACAGCCUUCUGCUGCCAACAGCCCCAGUGAUGGAUCAACUCAAAGUGAAGGACCGCAUAUUGGAAAACAUCUCGAUGUCUGUCAAGAAGUUACAGAGUUACUUUGCAGCCUGUGAGGAUGAAACUCCGGCUAUCCGCAAUCACGACCGGGUCCUCCAGCGUCUUUGUGAACACCUUGACCAUGCUCUGCUGUAUGGGCUGCAGGACAUAUCGUCAGGCUACUGGGUGCUGGUGGUUCACUUCACCAGGAGGGAGGCUGUCCGACAGAUAGACGAGCUGCAGCACAUAGCCACCAACCUCGGUCGAAGUCGAGCAUGGUUGUACCUGGCGCUCAGUGAGAGCUCUUUAGAAAGCUAUCUACGCCUCUUCCAAGAGAAUCAAGGAUUGCUACAGAAGUAUUACUUCAAAAAUGCAUUGGUCUGCAGUCACGACCACCUCACGCUCUUCCUUACACUGGUGUCUGGCCUGGAGUUCAUUCGCUUUGAUCUAGAGCUGGAUGUGCCCUACCUGGAUGUAGCUCCAUACAUGCCAGAGUACUACAAACCGCACAACCUGCUGGACUUUGAGGAAAGACUCCCCAGUUCGGACAGCUUGUCUCUGCACUCGUUUACCUCCCUGACCUCCACCAACCUGGAGUGGGACGACAGCGCCAUAGCUCCCUCCAGUGAAGAUUAUGAUUUUGGUGACAUGUUCCCCGUGUUGCAGUCAUUGCCAAGCGCAAACUGGGAAGAGGGUGACUUGACCGACCAGGCCAGCUGCCCACGGUCGGCUGGCUCUGAUCCCCAAACGGUAGUCAGUGACACAGUAGUUGUCAAAAGCACAGCGGUGGGGAAAACGGCUGCUCGCCUUUCCCCGAACAGCCCCACAUCUCGACACAACCCGUUCAAUGAGGACUCUGACACGAACACCUCAGCGGACGUCACACCAGUUCAUGCAGCCAGCCGUCGCAACACCACCGAAGAUGAGACCGAGGUCAACGGCAAUGAGCUUGAAGUCAUCAGGAUGGCUAAACGAAAGAAGCCAGCCAAGAAGCGACGUGGCAGGGGAUCUACGGAUUCCAGCAGCAGCGUCCAUGCCUCGCUCUCCUCUGAACAUGUGGAGAUUGUGAACCACAGCACGUCGCUAGAAGUUGACUCAAUAAGCUCCACUGUAGCACUACUGGACAGUGAAGGAGAGCAGAGCAGCAGCAGAGUGGGGUCUGCGAUUGUAGAGGAAGGGGCCGAAGAAAGGGUGGAAGGCUUGCUUCGGCUCCCAGAGAUGACAGACACCUCCAUGGACACUGUUGGACAACCCCUCCGUGAUGUCAUGGAGCGGCUCAACGGGUCCUGGGUACCCCCUGAAGAACAGGAGGACAAAAACAAUCAAAGCUGUGAUCAGAGGUCCCUGCUUCCGGUGCAGCAGCCCUUUCGCAACGAUACUGAAGGAAAACCUCCUGACCCAACUCCACAAGAGACGUUUGACUCCUCUCUGGCCGACAGACCAGACUGCCUGCAGACCUCUCCUGUGUCUGCGGACCUAUGCUGCAUUACCACCGACAGUACAGACUCUGCUGACACAAGUGGUGGCCACAAUGACUCUACAGAGCAAAGCCAGUCACAGACUCUUUCAGGUAGCCUUGAAGAUGAGGAAGAAGCAGAAGAGCCAGCAGGACGGAAGCCCCACAUGAAGGAGGAGGUAGAGAAAGAGACCGUAGAGAGAGAUUCAGCAGGCAGAACAUCUGUAACGGAGGAAACGGAGCAACAGGAGAAACUCAGUCCUUCUGAGAUUUCUCACCCAGCAGAGUUCAAGGUGGACAACAAUCACCUGCUUCUUCUCAUGAUCCAUGUGUUCAGAGAGAACGAGGAGCAACUUUUCAGAAUGUUGAGAAUGAGUACAGGUCACAUGGAGGGGGACCGGCAGCCUCUUUAUCUCCUGCUGACUGACUGUUACAUCUACUUACUAAGAAAGGGUGCAGCUGAAAAACCCUACACAGUAGAAGAUGCUGUUUCCUAUAAUGAGCUCGACUAUCUCUCUGUGGGCCUUGACCAACAGACAAUAACGCUGGUUUGCACCAACAGAAGAAGGAAGUUCCUGUUGGAUACAGCUGAUGGCUCGCUGACUGUCUGGUUCCUGUCUGUGCUGAAGUCCGCCAUGGUCCAGGGUUGUCGAGAGCCUCCUUAUCCAGCUGUUCUGACAGAUGCCACCAUGGAAAAACUAGCCUUGAAUAAGUUUGUCUCUCAGGAGUGUCAUUGUGAGGUGUCCGAAGUGUCUGUCCAGCUUUAUUCACUGGUUCACUGGGAGGACCCAAUGGAUAUGACCAUGUCUCCCCAAGGAGGCACACCCACAUCUGGAGUCCCUUCUAGUAUCAAAGAAGGUUCUCUGCAGUACAGAGCUGGGAUCACGUACCUCGGUAAAGAGAUGUGGAAGAGCUGCUACGUCAUCCUCAGCAAAGGGAUUCUGUACUUGUAUGCAGAGAGGACAGAUGUGACCCCUCUGAUGUCUGUCACCAUGGGGGGGGAACACUGUGGGGGGUGCCGUCGCUCCAACAACACAGAGCGUCCCCACGCCUUCCAGGUCAUCUUGACAGAGCGCCCCCCACUGGUACUCAGCGCCAACGAUGAGCAGGACAUGGCCGAAUGGAUGCAGCUUCUCUGUCAGUCUGUUUCCAAAGGGGUUAUCCCUCAGGGUGUAGCCCCCACUCCGUGUAUCCCAUGUUGCCUGGUAGUGACGGACAAGAGGCUGCUAACUUGUCAUCAGGAUUGUCAGACGAGCUUUUUCCGUUCGCUGGGCAGUGUCGAUAUCUGUGAUGUGACCGCUGUGAGCCUGGAGUCUGACAAGGAAUACUGUGUUAUUGAGUUUGCAGCAGAUCGAACUCAGUUCCUCCCUCCAUGGGUGUUAUACUUCUGCGGCUGUGAAGAGAGGGAUCGGCUUCUAAAUGCAUUGAACAAGACAUGGAAAGACAUUUUUCAGGUUGACCUCCCCCACCGAGAGCUGCUGGACCCGCUGGUGCAGAAGCGCUGCGGCGAGGCCCUGGAGCUGAUGAAGAGUGCCUGGCAGAGGGCAGACAGCCUGGCUCGAGGCCGAGCCCAGCGGGAACCCUGGUGCUGACACACACACACACACCCAUCCACGCAAUCAUCUGUGUGUGCUUCCCCGGUACGACACAAUCCAAUGGAGGGUUGCGUGUCAGAAUACUCAGAAGUAACAUUCUGGUCCAUGCAGAAGUCAUUUUACUGAAGCCAGGUUUCAGAACUGCUUUCAUUUAAAACACUUAAUGCUAAAGUUGUGGUGCAUGUGCACACAGAGAUGUUGAUUCCACUAAAAUAGCUACAUUUGGCAGAAACAGUGAAGAUUUGUUGUCACAAACCUCUGACCUUUAACUCUGAAGAUUUUAGCUAAGUCUAAAGCAUGACGAGAAUCAACAGCUAGGAAGUUUUAUUUUAUAUUUCUGCCAAUCUGAGUGCUUCAUAUUAUAUACAUCUGGAUGGAUUUGCAAUUUUAUCCUGUGCACAAAUUUUUUUUUAUAAUACUCACCGCCUGUGUGAAUUUGAAGGUCUUUUUACACUGAUGCUAAUGCUAACUGUUAAAACGUGUCCUGAUAAAGCUGACCUGAAGUGCAAACUUAAUGCAAACGUACAACACUUUGCGGUGUCGGUGCACGGCCGCUGACGCUGGUCUGAUAUUCAGAUUAGCUGUGAGUUAGAGCACACACUUUCACAAGGAGUAAUUCUCACAUAAACUUCAGACAGGACCUCGCGGGAAUGAAGAUCUGAAGCAGCUCUUGAUAUUUUACACAUAUCAAGCACUCUGGGAAACACACUCAUGCCUGAAAUUUGCUGUUCUAGAAGUUGAAAUGUUUCCACCUAAAUUUGCCUUUUUUUUCCACAGUGUGGAGACAGAUAGCAUUUGCACAUUAUUUUUGCUCCUUUUUUUUUUUUUUUUUUGGUACUAGGUUUAUUUUUUUCUCUUUCCAGAAGUAUUGGAGGAGGAGGAUUCAGAUGAAUUGUUUAAAUUGCUAGUUGAUUAGAUUAGUUGGGAUUUUUCUGAUGUUUGCGUCUUUGUAUAUAAGUGUUGCAGUCUGUUUGAAUCAUAUUUCACAGAAUAAUGUGUUAUUUGACCAGACUUCUUCCUUUGAUUUUUGUAUCAAGUGUCGAUAACAUUAAACAUUUAUUUAUAAGUUUAUCAUUAUGCUCACUGCAAUGCAUGAUUUCUAAGGAAAUUCUCACCUUUUUCUGAUUACUUUCUUUUUAGAUCUAAUACUAAGGCUUGGCAGAACAUAAAAAUUGCAAAGGUCCGAGAUUUGAAACUCAAUACAAUCUUUCCUACCCAAUAAAAUAUUUAAAUAAUGUUUUGCUUGUGUUGACAAUUUUGCCUUUUAUGAUCUGUCAUGGGUAAAUUGACUUAUUUCAACUAAAUUAAUCCUUUUGACAUUUUAAACAGAUGCCUUUUCAAGUAUGUUUGCAUUCAGAUCACUGAAAUUUACAUUUUGUUUUCAUUUUAUAUCAGCUGUUCACUUCUUUCAAUAAAAUUUUACGUUAAACAGGCACUUGGAUGUGAAACCUAAACGGGCUUUGAAGAACUUCCACCAAAUGUUGCAUUUUAGGCUAAACAAGCUUUAUCAGAAGUGCUGUUUUUAUAUAACUCUUAACUCUGUGGUUAAAUAUGCACAGCAUUAACAUGCCUCUUAGCCAUAUACAUACAUGUGUACAUCUUGAACAAUUUACACUGUGUUACUCCUGUGUUAGCGUUAGUCAGGGCAGUAAACCUUUCUAAGUGCCACUUGGUCUUGCUUUUUUCUUUUCUUUUCUUUUUUUUUUUUGGUAACAAAGAAAUCUCAGGUGAAUAAAGGUUCCAAAACCUUAAGAGUCACCUUGUGUGUUUUUGUUUUGCUACAGCGUCUCUUGAAUCUCAGUGCAGUAUUUUAUAAAUCACCGUUUUCUUUAAGCUUUGGGACAUUGCGACGCUCAGUUCAGCGUUACAAAGUUAUUUUUGCACACACACGUGGUAUGAACAUUUGAAGAAGGUUUUAUGAAAGGUUUUGCUCUUUGCAAGAAAAAUAGAGUCUGAAUUUCUAAAGGAUCCGUUGAUUUGGGAGCGUAAAGUUGGAGACUUGAAAUGUUUCUUCUGUGCUUUGAAUUGUGCCUGUGGACUGUAUAUGAAGAAAAAGUCAAGGAGGUGUUCUUGAUCGUUUGAAAUUUAGGAAAUUGCUGGUCAAUGAUGGAUAAUACCUUGUAAACGAUGUACUGUCAGAGUUUUUCUGUUUUUUGUUUUUCCUGUUUGUUUACAUGCACAAUGCAUGGAAUAUUUGUAUUAUUCAUUGGAUUUAUUGAAAUGUAAAUAAAGCACUAAUUAUAAUGAUAAUAAUAAUAACAGUCAAAGUCCCACUUAAACAUAUGCAUGUUUUGAAACUUUUAUAUUGUUCUGAAUCAGAGAGAAUGUACAAACAAAACUUUGGAAAAUGCAACUAAAUAAACUGCAAAGAAAGCUGA